GAGCGCUCUGCACGUCUGGUCUAAUGGACAGCGGACCCAUUAUCACCCAGGUUAGCAAGGAAGAGGUGAACAGUCCUCUGCAGGAGAAAGGUGUUCAGAACCAAUCAUCUUCCAAGAAACCCAGGAAUCGCAGCAUCUUCCAAUCACUUUUUUGCUGCCUUUGCCAUGACAACUCAGAGCCUAUCCCUGUCAACAACAACGCCCCGCUGCUGGUGGAAGAAAACGGUUCAGUGACCAAGACCACAGUCAAAUACCUGUUGCCUGAACUCAAACUGCAAGAUGCCAGUAAAAUCUGUGUGGUGAUUGACUUGGAUGAGACCUUAGUACAUAGUUCUUUUAAGCCAGUGAACAAUGCAGAUUUCAUCAUCCCAGUGGAGAUUGACGGGGUCAUGCACCAGGUGUAUGUACUGAAGCGACCCCAUGUGGAUGAGUUUCUGAGGCGGAUGGGUGAGCUCUUUGAGUGUGUACUCUUCACUGCUAGCCUGGCAAAGUAUGCUGAUCCUGUGGCUGAUCUGCUGGACAAGUGGGGAGCCUUUCGCGCUCGCCUUUUUCGCGAGUCAUGUGUCUUCCACCGGGGUAAUUACGUCAAGGACCUCAGCCGCCUGGGACGCGAUCUGACACGGAUCAUCAUUGUAGACAAUUCGCCAGCCUCCUAUGUCUUCCACCCUGAUAAUGCUGUGCCUGUGGCUUCAUGGUUUGACAACAUGGCUGACACGGAGCUCCUUGACCUGCUGCCUUUCUUUGAGAGACUCAGCAAAGUGGAUGAUGUAUAUACCGUGCUAAAGCAGCAUCGGACUACUAGCUAGUGACCAAUGGAGGGGGCAAGGCUUUGGGCAGGGGAAGUAGGAGGGGUAGGUAUGCCCAUUUUGGCUACUUCCUUCUGCUGAGCAGGAUGACCUGUUCCCUCAGCCUCAACAAGCAACGCAGUGCCCAGGAAACCCUGCAGGAGGCAGCAGAGAGCAAUUAUUCCCAUGAGGCACCAGAAGAAACUUCAGCAUCUGAAUGUGAUCUUGAACCCCCACCCCCCAGAAAGGAAACCUCCUUGCUGCUAUGGUUAACAGUUUCUCCCCUUGAAUGAUGGGUUGCAGAAACCAGAACCUCAGCCCUUUCUCUCCACACACAAACAUCUAAUGUGACCAAAGCUAUGAUCCAACUAUGGUCCUUUCCCUUCUAAUCAGAACAGUUCUCCGCUCAUGUGCCGCCAUCUUGGGGGAAGAUACACAAGUCUCUUUCCCGGGUAUUCACUGCCCUUCAUUGUUGUAUCAGUUCAUAGAUCUCCAUUGUCCCAAUUUCAGAAA